GGAACUUCAGAGACACAUAAAGCUGACCUGGGAUCAGAUUUCUACUCUGCUCCUCUCUCUCUACCUAACAGAGCUGCUGGUGUCACAACUGAUCCCAGGUCGGUGCUUUUCCCGCGCCUGCAGCCCCGGGUGACCACGUGUCUCUCUCCGGCCUGCCAGCGGACCAUGUGGAGCAGCAAGAUGGCGGCGCGGUGGAGGGGGAAAGACGGGGAUUUAAAUGCCGGCAACUGCGACUUCCUGGCCAGCAACAGUCCCACCGAGCUGGUCCUGAGUCGACACAUGGAGGGCGUGGAGAUGGACUCCCAGUCCUGCAUGGAUCACUCCAUCCUCGCCAUCUUUGAAGACUCUGCUGUCACAUCAGAGAAUAAGAGUGAAGUGGAGGAGGAGAGUGAGACGCUGCUGUCGGCCCUGACCGAGAUGCUGGACAGCGUGGAGGACGUAGACGGGACUCUGUCUCCCUUUGACACCCUGCCAGACACCAGGCUGCUCACCCAGCUGGACUACAGGGACCACUCAGCGGAACUAUCACUGGUCGACAGACUGAGACCGAGAUCCAAAUCACAGAAUGUAACUUUCACAGUGAAGACUGAUGGAGAAAAGGAAGAGGAGAGCAGGAAGAUUCCUCCUCAGGUGUUCAAACAACAAACUCUGUUUCACUCCAGAAAUAAGAAAGCAGAGGCCGAAGUUGAAGUCUUUACUUCGUCGUCUCUGGUGAACCUGGUGAAGCUCAUGCACCCGUACUGCCUGAAGCUGCACGUGGAAGAGGAGGAGGAGGGGGACAAAGUGAUGAAGAAUCACCCGUUAUUCUCCCAGGAAGAGGUGUGGAAGUAUGAAAGACCCAGUGAAGAGAGCGAUGAAGAGAUAAAUGUUGUGUCUGAUGAUGAGGUGACGAUGAAAGACACAAAGGAGGGAGAUGAAAAGAGAGAUAAUGAAAACCUCUUGAAGAGCGCCUUGCUGAAUGGGAACUGGUCCAGACAAACUCCAUCCAGAGAGAAGAAGAAGAGGGUGAGCUUUGGCCCCGUUCAAGUGGUUUCAUUUGAUGAAUCCACGGAAAAAAAGGGAUUGAAAGAGGAAAGCGGGCACACAAGUGGAACUGUGUCGGUUCCUCUGAACGGCACCAGAGCACUUGAAAGCUCAGCCGGAUCAGCACUUGAACCCAGAACACUGUCCUCAGAAAUGAGCAGCAACGAGGCGGAGUCUCUGCCACUUAAAGGGGAGACCAAGGCCAAAUCACUCAGCCUGCAGCAGUACAGGCAGCUGCGCCAGAAGAGGCGGCCCCUGGUGGAGAAACAGGGGAACUACACCACCAAGUGGCCCUGUGUUGCUGAGCCCCCCAAAGAGCUGGAACCCAUCCUCUGUCUGCAGGGACAGAGACACACAAAGGCAGCACAACAUAAUCCAGAUAGUAGAAGAAGAAGUGCUGAUGAACUCAAACAGAGAUCUCAAACAACGAGUCACCUUUCUGCUCCGCCCCCAGAGGCCAGACCGUCUUCUCAUCCACGAUUUAAUCACGUAAAGAUUGAAUCCAGGAUCAUCUCCCCUGCCAGUCCGCUGCCAGACGCCUCAGCUGAUCCAAAUGUUUCUGUGCCUCAAAGCAAAAAAAGUCCAGUAAAGAAACCAGCAGCGUUCAGUAGCGACCCCCCAAAUCCCGUCCUGCUCCCCCUGCCGGUUAGCCAAACCACGUCACCAGAGUCCAAGGUGGAGCUCCUCAGCAGAGACUCACACAGCACCAGACACUUUGCAGCAAUCCAAAAUGAAUCCUCAGGAACAUCUCUUCAGAAACAGCCGUCACCCUCAGGUCCAAAGCCUUUAGAAGGGUUGUUAAUAAACCAGGGCUACACCAGCCUGGUUCAGGAAAUUAAAAACAAACUGAAGGAGAAAGCUUCAGGUGUCUCCUCCAGACCUGCAGCAACCACAACACCAACCACAUCUUCAUCACCGUGUAAAAAGACUCAAAGCUGCAGGACGGACCAGGUGGAAGAAGCCGAGCUGGAACCAAAGUCUCCUCCGUCACCAGAAUCACCGGGACCAACAGAGGGUCCUUCCUUCAGUCAGCCUCCUGAUCAGGUAGAAGCACCCACAGCAGUACAGGAGGCGUCAUCAGAGGGUCUCCCCAGGGUCUCCUCUUCUGAGGAGCCAGCAGCCACGCUUCACUUGGACUGUAGAGGGCAAAGUGCAACAGUUGACUCAGGAAUCGAAGCUCCUGAUCUGACCAGCCUGCUGGAACAGUUUGAGGAAACACAGGCUAAAGAGGAGAGGGUGAGUGAGAACGAGCCGGAGCUCAAACCUUCACACCGAGCAACAGAUGGACUCACGGAGGUGGAGAAGAGAACUGGGCCUGCAGGAACACAAAGAGCCUCAGUGGAAGCACUUGUAACUUUAAACACUUCAGGAUCAUCUGGGAGUCCAAACGUUCAGACGCUGGAGGACGCAGACAUCCCAGAGCCGCUCGGGACUGAAGUCGUCCUCAGCACGACAAAACGGAAAAAUCCUCCGACCAAGGCCAUCCAGAUCAUCGACCCGCGUCCUCUACCGUCCAAAAAGAGCCUCAGCAGCCUCCCAGAGCUGCCUGCUGCUCAAACAGCUCACCUGAUUUCAUCUGUGAGCUCUGAUCACGAUUACUGCAGAACCUCUAAACUCAAGGAUGUUUCUAGAACCUCUGAGGACGACCUCGAGUCAGCGGACCAGACCUGCAGCAGCGAGAUCAACGCCACCAUCCAGACUCCUGAAAACUCUCCAAAGACCAGAUCAGAGACGCACCAGUCCACAGACCAGGUUCUUUUAGCUCGAGCUGCUGCAGAGCAACACUUUGCUGCUGCAGCUGAAGAGAAACCAGCCGCCUGCUCUCUGCCCACGCCUCCCCCCAGCCCCCCCGCCAGAGGGAGGGACAAGAGGAGGUAUCGGAGGAGAUCUCCUCGUUCUGACUCCAGCUCCAGCUCCUGUUCCUCAUCGUCGUCCUCGUCAUCGUCCUCCAGCUCUGCAUCUCCCUCUCCAAAGAGACAAAAGCGCCAUCACAAGCGUUCGGAGAGCAGCUCGUGCUCGUCCUCCCGCUCCGUUUCCCGCUCCCCUCCCCGGCGCUACAGCUGGUCUUACUCAAGAUCCAGGUGCAGCAGGUCCAGAUCCAGAUCCUGGUCCCGUUCCAGGUCCCCAUCCAGAUCCAGGUCCCCAUCCCCGGUCUGUCGCAGCCAGUGGAGUAACGUUUACAGAAGCAGAGAGUCCAGGAAGCUCAGGAGAGAGCACGAGAUCAGGAUUCAGAAACUUAAAGCCAUAAACGAGCGCAGGGUGGUUUACGUCGGCCGCAUCCGCAAGUCGAUGACCCACGACGAGCUGAGGGAACGAUUCGCUCAGUUCGGAGAAGUAGAAUGUGUGUCGCUUCACUUCAGAGAUAGAGGUGACCACUACGCCUUUGUCACGUUCUACAACAUGGACGAUGCUUUUGCCGCCAUCGAUAACGGCGGGAAACUGCGGCGGCCUGAUGAGCUGCCGUUUGACAUCUGCUUCGGUGGCAGAAGACAGUUCUGUAGUUCAGACUACGCCGACCUCGAUGCAAACAGAGACGCAGAGCCGGCUCCGGCCAAGAACAAGUUUGAGGACCUGGACUUUGAUUCUCUGCUGAAACAGGCCCAGAGAGGGUUGAAGAGGUAGCAGAGCUGCAGGAAGAGAAGAUUCACAAACCUCAGAGCCUUAUGCUCCUUCUUAUGUAGCAAUCUUUUGUUAUGUCAUAUCAUUUAUUCAUGUUUUGACUCUAAUACGCAUGCAGUUUGAUGUGUACAGUCGAUAUGUACGAAUAUGUAGCACUGUUAAUUUGAUAACAUGGUAUUAGUGGAACCCACUAAAGAUUUUUGUUUCAUUCCAAAAACACUGAUAAAGUUUUAUAUAUUUCUAUAUAAAAAAUAAUAAAAGCUCUUAAUUGUG